AUGUCUUGUUGUUCCUCUACAGAAUUGCAUCGUGAUGAGGAAGCAAGUAAACAACAUCAACCAGAAGGAAAGUUUAUUCACUUUUCUACAGUGGAAACAGUGCAGGGAAUUUGUUGGUUCUACAGAAGUAAUGGGUUUUGCAAGCACGAUGAUUGUCCCUACCAACACAUUAUCCCGUCCAAUGAUGAUUUAUAUAAGAAGAAGUCUACAACAACAUUAAAUAAUAUUAAUUCUAGUACCACCUCUACUACGCUUGUAUCUUCAUCAUCACCAUCCUUGGAAAGUUCUUCUAAUAACAACAAUACCACUUCUUUUUCUUCUCCUAUCAGCAACAACAACAAAACCUAUUGUUGGAUAUCAAUGGCAAAGGAAUUAAAGUUUGCAGCCUCCGUCCUAAGAAGAACCUUUGAAGAGAAUGGUUUUAAUCUCCUCAUCAACAAGGAAGAUUUUGCACAAUUCAACAAGAACAACAAGUCUAACCUGGAAGAUGAUAAUUAUAGAGGUUUACCUCUAUUCUGGGGACAUGUUUUUCCAAGGAAUAACAUUGUCAAAUGGUUCGAGUUACCAUCCCAUACUCUAAUUAAUCACUUUGUUAAUUCACAUGAAUUAUGUAAUAAGAGUUUGAUGGCAUUGAAUUUUCAGGAUUUAUCCGAGAAGAAAGUUAAAUCCAAAUCACAAUAUGUUCCCGUAUCAUUCUAUUUGCCAGAUCAAUUGAAUUUGUUUAUUAAUCAUUGUGAAAAUCAGGAGGAAACAGAGAAAUCUAUUUGGAUUGUUAAACCAGGUAGAUCUGGAGAAGGAAGAGGAAUUCAAAUAUAUCAAUCCUAUCAACAAGUUAUUGUUGGGGAAUUUCCACAAAUUCCAACAUGUGAGAUUGAGAGUGGAAUCAUUUCGGAAAAGAGUUUAAAACUUGGCAAACACAAGAUGGUUGUCUCUAAAUACAUUGACAAUCCACUAUUGAUUGAAAACAAAAAGUUUGACAUGAGAAUGUAUGUUCUCUUGAUUGGUGGAGGUUCUCAAGAAAGAUUUGGAUCCAACACUGAGGAAUUUCACACCUACUUUUACAGAGAUGCCAUUGUUCGAUUCGCAAGUGAGGAUUAUACGACAGAUUUAGAUACUUUGAAGAAUCCAUUCAUUCACAUUACCAAUAAUUCAGUCAAUGAUAAGAAAAACAAGAUUCAGAAUGAGACCAUCACACAAAAGUUUGGCUUCUUUUCGAACAUGUAUUUGCCUGAACUGAUACCAUGUCUGGAAAAGAUGGACAUUGAUUGGAAUCAAUUUGCAACCUCACUUGUUGGAAGUAAACUCAAUGCCUGA